CAGCAUUCGGUGAAGUUGGUCUUCAGUCAGCUCUCUCUGAUCAUAUCAAAACCUGUAUGUCUAUACACAACUAAUUUACACAACAAAAAAAAAAAAAGAUCAUUCAGAUUGAAAGAAAGGAAGCAGAAAAAGUAGUGUAUGUAUAAUAAAAAUGUCAUCAGCUAUAGAUCCACAUAACAAGAUGAGGGCUAGAGAUGUUAACAAAGUGGCAACAGGACAACAAGCACCUAGGCCAGUUCAUGAACCAGGCACUGUAUCUAAAUCUCCUCCUCCUUCCUCUACUGACCACCAGUUUGACACGGAAGAGAAGGCUAAAGCUAAUGCCAUUGCUGAUGAGAUCCGCCAUUGUUAUGCUCGUUUCCGCCACUACCACAAGUGCAUUGAAGAGAAGGGCAGCAUGUACUCGGAGUGCGAGAAGAUUGGAAAGGCUUACAAAUCAUCUUGUCCUUCAGAAUGGGUAUGUAAAUGCUGUAAUCUUAUGAGAAUUUAUAUAUCUUGUCUACGUGUUUUACAUAUAUAUAUGUUUAAGGGAUUGUCUGGUGUAGAAAUAUGCAAGGAUUGUAAUACAGUGCAAGCGGUAGUAAUACAUGGAUUAUAAAGAGAUUUUUUCUAUCAGAAGUUUGGUUUGUACUAAAAAUGAUAUAUAUAGGGCAAAAAUUUUGAGAUAUACGUGUAUUUUUAAACUUAAAUAGAGUUGGAUGGGUACUGUGGAUGAUGAGUUUUGAGGAAAAGGCAGUAAUUUUGUCUUAAAAGUGCUUAAUCUAUGUACUUAAUUCAUGUUUGUUAUCCGAUACCAUAUUAGGUAGUAUUAUUUAUAAUACGCCAAUGGUGUAUCAAGUUGUACCUGGAGUCCAGGAUUAGCUAUGCAAGACUCAAAAUACAAACCGAACACUAGAUAAAAAUACCAGGUCAUCCUAUGCCGUGAUUAUUUCAUCUUAUGCCUCAAACGAAUCAAGUUAUGAGAGUUCAUUCUGAACUUGAUUUUUAUGAAAUAUUCCAAAAUGGUCAUUU